AUGCUUGCUUCAAAAACCCUUGUGAAAACCGAGGUUGGAAAUGUCGUGAACGAAGCUGUUGAGGACCAAAUUUAUGGUAUUGUGCAGUCGGCCGCUGAUGGUGUCGACACGGAUGCCAUCAGUACCCUUACCCCAUCCAAUGCCAUAAACAAUCUAUUGAUCUCGAAGAAGCUUAUAAUUGCGAAAACGUCAGGCGGUACGUUGAGGUUGAAAGUCAAUGUGAAUACGCAGUUGACUGGUGCUACAGAAGAGGAACAAGCUAUUUUCACGCUGAUAGAGGAUUCUAAACGGAAAGGCAUUUGGAUAAGAGAACUGCGGGAAGGAUCGGGGUUGUCACAAAUUCAACUUCGAAAAGUUCUCAAAUCCCUUGAGCAGAAAAGGCUAAUUAAGAACGUUAAGGCCGUUGGUACUACAAAAAAGUGCUACAUGUUAUAUGACUUGGAACCAGACACCUCACUUACAGGGGGAACCUUUUAUUCUGACCAGCAACUAGAUUCUGAACUCAUCUACACUUUGGUCAAUAUAUGCACCGGCUACGUCAAUGGCAAACGUAAGCUUGCCGUUGAUACUCACCCUGACGAUCUUCAGAUGCAGAAAGAACUAAGUGCUGUUCGCCCACAGGAGGUAGCAGAUUUCAUUUCGGAAAAGCGUGUUCUAAAUGUCGCCAUAACUUUGGAAGAUGUCGAAAGAGUCUUAGAUGUGGCAGUACUGGAUGGUGCUCUUGAGCGACGGCCUGAUGGAAGAGUCAGAGCAACGUGGUCUACAAUCCGUUCCUCCCCUCUAGUUACGGUACCGUGCUCAACAUGUCCAGUUGUGGACGAUUGUGGUUCAGGGCGUGUAAUAAGCCCUCAGACGUGUCGAUAUAUGGCUGAUUGGCUCUUUGGGAGCUCAUCUUCUACGCUUUAA